GGCCAGAGAAGCUGUGGCUGCCCCAUCCCUGGAGGGGUUCAAGGGCAGGUUGGAGGGGGCUUGGAGCAACCUGGUGUGGUGGGAGGUGUCCCUGCCCAGGGCAGGGGGUAAGACUGUGCGGGCUUUAAGGUCCCACCCAACCCAAAAUGUUCCUGGUUCUGUGGUUACCCAGGUUUUACAAUGAGCCCGGCAGCACAAAGGGCUGAGGAAGGACAAAUUCCAGCAUUUCCCUUCAGUAACAUGCAUAGCUCACUGGAGUAGAUUUAAAAGUAAAAUUAUUUUUCUGGAAGAGCUUUCACUCGCCUCUCCCCAGUGGGUGUCUGAAGGUUUGUCUUUGCUGUUGUGUUGGGGGGGAGUAGUUUGUGAACGGUGGUUCAGUCUGUGGUGCAGAACCAGGUCUGAGGUGCUCACACCCCGACCCCUUCCCCCCAACCCCCAGGUGCUGUGUCCCCCACCCCAGGUGCUGUGUCCCACACCGGCGCCGUGACAGCGGAGCAGAAACACCCCCGGGAGCUGGCGGUGCCCAGAGCACUGGCUCCCAUGGAGGCAGGAGAUGGGUCUGUGUGUGCGGCUCUGCUGCCGCAGGAGGAGCAGCUGGAGGUGCUGGAGCGCCUGGACUUCGUGCUGAGGAACAUCUCGGAGCUGAGGAGGGAGGUGGAGGAGCUGCGAGGCACCCUGCAGCGCUUGGCUGCCGAAAUCGUUGGCGAAGUCAGGUCCCAUCUGGAGGAAACCCAGAAAGUCACUCGCCGGCGGCGGUUCCCGUUUGCCAGAGAGAGAAGCGAUUCCACGGGCUCCAGCUCCAUCUACUUCACAGCCAGCUCAGGGGCCACCAACACGGACGACGGGGAGAGCGAAGGAGGGUACACCACAGCCAACGCCGAGUCGGAUUACGACCGGGAGUCCGAGAGGGAGAGCGAGGAAGGGGAAGAUGAAGUGAGCUGUGAAACAGUGAGGACCGUGCGCCGGGACUCCCUGGACCUGGUCAACGAGGAGGAAGCCCAUCUGACCCUGGAUCCCUCGCUGGAGGAGGGGCUGGGCCAGCUCCUGCAGCAGGCAGACCGCUUGCACGGCGGGGACCAGCAGGAGAAGAGAGAGGGCUUCCAGCUACUGCUCAAUAACAAACUGGCGUACGGGGAGCAGAGGGAGUUCCUGUGGCGCCUGGCGCGGGCACACAGCGACAUGAGCGAGAUCUCCGAGGACACAGAUGAGAAGAGAUCCUACGCCUCUGAAGGGAAGGAAGAGAUGGAAAUGGCCUUACAGAAAUGGGACCAAAGCGCCGAGUGCCAUCAGUGGUACGCUGUGCUCUGCGGGCAGCUGGCCGAACACGAGAGCAUUCAGAAGCGCAUCCAGACUGGGUAUGUUUUUAAGGAACACAUCGAUAAAGCGAUUGAACUGAAACCGGAGGAUCCAAAGGCUUACUAUCUUCUGGGCAGGUGGUGUUACCAGGUUUCCCACCUGGGAUGGCUCGAGAAGAAGACAGCUUCUGCCUUGUUUGAAGCCCCUCCUACAGCCACGGUCCAGGACGCGCUGCAGAACUUCCUCCGGGUCGAGGAACUGAGCCCAGGGUUUUCCAAAGCAGGAAGAGUCUACAUUGCCAAGUGUUACCAGGACCUGGGGAACCACUCUGCGGCCGCUCUCUGGAUGAACCUUGCUGCGGAGCUGCCCGUUAACACAAAAGAGGAUGCGAAAAGCGAGAGGGAGCUGGAGGAGAUGCGCUCGGUGUGCCAGGAGUGAGGACACCAGGCUCCCUGCGCUGCGCGGGCGGCGAGUUCCAGCGACAGGGGCUUCACGGUCCCCACAACCUCUGCACUUCGGGGACGAGCCACAAGAGUUUACAGGAAAAAAACAAGCAGCAGUUUCGUCAGCACGUCCAGGAAAAGCUCUUGGUGGGAUUUGAUCAGAUGAAAUGUGAUGGUAUUUUCCUCCGUACAGCACUGCAGAUGUUUGAUUUUUUAAAAAUUCCUAAAAAAUGUCAAAGUUCUGAAAAUGGGGGGUGGGGUGGGUAGUUAGAACUUGUGAUACAAAAAAUAUUUGUGGUUGUUUAUCUAUCAUAGAUAUAUGUGAGAUAUAUACUUUGUGAUAUAAAAAUAUAUACAUAUUUAUAUAAACACAUCUAUAUUUUAUAUCACAAACUCUACCUGAACUCCAACAGCCUGAGCCUCAGGCUGCUGAGCUCUCCCAAAGCAUUCCUGAGGAAGUCUUCAGCCAAUGGCUUUAUUUUUUUUUUUCAGAUUAAUUAACUGUUUUCUCUUUUCCUUAAUAAUAUGUGUUAAUUGGAUCAGUUGAACUACUGACUGCAUGCCUGGCAGGGGGGUUCAGGUGGGAUGGAGUGUGGAGCUGCUGUGUGCUGCGCUGGAGCCGGUGGGACCUUCUCCUGCCCUUGGCCCUGGGCACCAGGGCUUGACACAAGGUGAUGACAAAGGAGACAACAGUGACUUUAAACAGGGGAGCUGCCAGCCCUUCCUUCCUUCCUCGCUGUGAGGAAGUCGGUGGUGGUGCCCCAAACACACUCUUGGUCCUUCCCUGAACCACCUGCCUGGUUUGCUGCGGGGGGAACCGGCCCCGCUCGCUGCAGGGAGUUACUGCCAGGGACCCACGAGGUUUCCUGCACAAAACAUCACUUUUAAGAGGCAAAUUGCUUUUUCAGAGUGAGUAAUAAGAAUUUAAACUGCAGGACUCUCCCUCCUGGCGAUGUUACUCCUCCUCUCCCAUGAGACUGACAACUUCUUGUGUCCCUCUGAACCGCGCUGCUGUGGUUUAGGUGGAAUAACUUAGUGUGGAAAGGAGCUGCUUCUCAAGAAAACACUGGUUACGGCACCAGGGAUGUUCUGUGCCAAAACUGGUGCUUCCCUGUAGGUUCUGCCAGCUCUGGACUCGAGGUGACACCGAGGAGGUGAAGGUGCCACCAAGUCAGGCAGAAGCCAGCGUGCCCAAGGCUGACACACUGGAGGAGCAGAAACUGCCUGUGGGUGUUUCCCUGAGCAUUUAGCAAGGGUUUCCUGACACUCCUCCACCUUUCAGCCAGCAGCUGACUCCUGCCAUGCUUGUUUUUUAACGUUUGUUACGUAUUACCAUGUUGUGUGGUGUUUGUGAGGCGUCCAGGGAAAACACUGCAGGAGUAAAACACUUCUUAAUGGCCUUUCAGUCCCUUGCCCACCUGAAUUCACCUGAUGGGGCUUUGCUUCGUGGGGAUAACGCUGAAGGGGAGAUAACGUGGCAAACUCGAGCUUAAAGACUCCCCCUUUUUUAGAUUGGGCACUUUUUAGCUUUUCUUUUUGUUUGUUUGUCCAAACUCAACUCCCUAAAACUUUGGUGCUGAGCUCGUCUCAUGAGCUCCAGGCGAGUGUGCGAUUGGCUUUAUUUGCUUGAAAUACUAGAAAUGGAUAGUUAUAAAUGGAGAGCAGGGUCAGGACAGGGAGUGCCCUGUGUCUGUGUGGGGCUGGCUUUGCCCUGAGCGGGCACUUAAUCUGGCACUUCAUCUCUAAUUGCGGGGCUUUUCAGUGUUUAAUGUGUGCUGUUGUUUGGGUUCCCGGGUGCAAUGAUGAAGCUGCCUUUUCACUGGAUGUGACUGUGUCUUGUUUUGAAUGUUUCCCGGUGGAUGUGACCAUUAUGUUUUUCUUCUUUCUCCAGUCUUUAAAUAUUUGCACAAGUUUUUCAGCUAUUUUUUUGUGAUUGCUCAAGCGGAGCUGGGAAAUCCGCGGUGGUGGGAUCCAGGAGAUGAUGAGCAGCCACUGGACUGUUCCCAGGAAGGUUUGCAGGGCUUUUUGUGGUGAGCAGCAGCACUGCCUGUCCCUGCAGCCGCCGGGUCCCGCUGCUGCUGCUGCCUUCCCUCUCCCAGCCAGCAUGUCCCAGGGUGGGAUUAAUCCCUCCUGGUUGCUCUUCUGUGCAUUGGAGUCCUUGGAUUGUGUAUUUUCUGGAGAAAACUCUCAUUCUGCGUUUCCACAGAUUUCAACGCCCUUUAGAUUUUUUUUCCGCGGGUGUUUGGCCGUUUCCAAACAACAAGAGGCUGAAGGCUUGGGGGAAAAAAUGCCAUUUUGCUGUUCGUCUGCUGCCGGGGGUUGCGCUGGGUUGGGUUUGGGUGUUUCAUCCCGUGUGUGUUGGUGAAGCCUUUCAGAGGGCGAUGCAGGAGGGAAGCAUUUUGCUAAUUUGUUAAUUGGGGAGGCGGCGUGUGGGCUGGCAGCCCCUCUCAGGGCAGCAGCUGCUGUUAACACUGCGCUGCAGGGACCCGGCUCGGGGUCACACACCAGGCAGCAUCUUCAGAAACUGAUACCAAAAGUCUUGUUUUUCUUACCCACAGAAGCUGAGGGCAUUUUCUCCUGGGGGGGUGAAGGCUUUUGGUGCUGUUGGGGGGGGGUGUACAGGGCUGUGACCAGAACCUCUUCUGUCUCUGAGUCCAAAUAACCUGUUUCCCUGGAGGAAAAGGAGGUGGUUCAAGGAUGGUGAUUCUUCCCUGUUGCUGUUCCUCAGGUGGUUUCACCUGGGCACAACCUCUCUCAUUUGUUCAAGUUUGGGCUUUUGGUGAACGCUUUCAGCUUCCCCUGCAUUCGAUCGCCCGCUUCGCUUUUGUCUUGUGUUGGGUUUUGUUUGAUGGUUUUUGUUUGUUUGUUUGUUUUUAAAAAAGAGACAGACUUGAUUUUUGGGUUGAAAGAGCAGGGUCUGGCCCAUGGCUCCCACAUGGGCUCUGUGUGUGUGUGUGUGUGUGUGGCCCCAUCCCUGUCCCGGGAUGCAGAGACCACUGGUUCCCGGGAGGAAGGUUCUCUGCCCAGUUGGGUUUUCUGUUCUGCUCCAUCUGCUGGGACCUCGUUAAUGCCUCUAAGAGAAGACAGCACUCCCAGAUCCUUCCAGGCACAGAUAGAGGCUGUGUUUUGCCGUUUUCAGUCUGAUUUCUGGGAAUUCAGGGCAUAAUGAUCAAAGGAACCUUUUCCAUUCUGGUCCCUGGUUCUCCCUCUUCCUGGAGACUGUGACUGGUGACCAUGGCUGAGUUGUGGUGGCCCAGGUUGAUGUGGAGGUCGGGCAGGGCUGUGGAACUGAAACGCUUCCCCAUCAACAACGCCUGGGGAUUUAUUUCUGGUUUUUAGCAAUAAAAGGCACAGUCUGCUGCUGGGCUCCUGCCCUGCCCUGUGGGGUGGGAGCUGUUGGCCAGGGGAGAAGGUGCUUCAGGCUGAUCCCGGGGACAGUGGGGAUCCCUCGAAGCCACCUCCACGGUGCACGUCCUGGGGCCACAAGGGAUUCAUUUGUCGGGUACAAUUUUGGUAGAGACUCUGCCCCACUUCCAUCCAGAUACAUCCUGGCCUUGUCCCAGGGUGAGAGAGAAGAAUUUCCUGGAGCUGCUCAUGUCUUAAUUGUAAAACAUCUACCUGUGGGUACAUUGUGGUACUAGAGAGAAACUGAAGCUGUUUAAUUUAUCCUCGUUGUGCUGUUCUGUUUGCAAUAAAGCAUUUGUAACUAAGGAG